CUUCGCUUCCCUUUCUCUGAUUGCCAUAUCUUGUUGUUUUCUUCCCAGCUACUCUAUCUUUCUGACCCCAAAAAUACAAAAGCCUUUUUUGAGCCCUUUCCUCUCUCUCCCCCUCCCUCCCUCCAUCUCUUGCUUUUGUUGGAGCUUUUUUCAAGUCAAGCAUGCAGAUAUUGAGAUAACUUUGAACACCAAGAAAAGCUCCUUCUGAAAACUAUAGGUUUUCUGUCAGCGUGUUUAUUUUUCUUUCUUCCCCAAUUUCUAUAUUGAUUAGUCGUCUUCACAUUCGAAAAAGAUCGAGUUUUUAUUAAGCGAGAUAUAGGGGAGGAGAGAGAAGGAAGAGCAAAGCAGCAAAAACACAAGGGUUUUUCUUUGCUUGCCUUCUUUGUCUUUCUUUCUCUCACUAAGAACACCACACAGAGAGGCAGCUGGAGACAUUUGCAUUUGGGCCUUGUGUGUCUUCACCUCUCUUCUUUCUUCUUUUUCUCUGACUUUCUGCAAAACAUUUUAUACUAUUUCUUGAAACAAUCUCCCAUAGUAAUUCAAAAGUAGUACAGUAACUCAAAAGAGCGAUUUUGAUUUCAUGAAUUUUGGGGACUUUCUUGAUAACAAUUCUUGUAGUGGCGGCGGGGCAAGAGUUGUUGCUUUUACUAAUAACAAAAACAUGCCCGGCGGCGCAAUCGGUGAGGCCCGCUUCCUCACUCAGUCCCUCUCUGCCAAGCCCAUCUUCAACUCUCCCGGCCUCUCUCUAGCCCUUCAGACGAGCAUGGAGGGGCAUGGAGAGAUUGCGAGGAACAAUGAGAUGAACAAUGCUGGUGGGAGAAGGAGCAGAGGCGAAGAGCCCGAGAGCAGAUCUGGCAGCGACAACAUGGACGGCGUAUCCGGUGAUGAUCAAGACGCCGCCGACAAACCGCUGAGGAAGAAGAGAUACCACCGACACACUCCUCAACAAAUCCAACAGCUCGAGUCACUGUUCAAGGAGUGCCCUCACCCUGACGAAAAGCAAAGAUUGGAGCUUAGCAAACGCCUCUCUCUCGAAAUCCGACAGGUCAAAUUCUGGUUCCAAAAUCGAAGAACCCAGAUGAAGACGCAACUCGAGCGGCACGAGAACUCGAUUCUCCGACAAGAAAACGACAAGCUCCGGGCGGAAAACAUGUGGAUUAGGGAGGCGAUGCGCAACCCCAUGUGCACCAACUGCGGCGGCCCCGCCGUGAUCGGCGAGGUUUCCCUGGAGGAGCAGCACAUCAGGAUCGAGAAUUCCCGCCUCAAGGACGAGCUCGACCGUGUCUGCGCCCUCGCCGGGAAGUUCCUUGGCCGCCCCAUGCCCAACUCCACCUUGGACCUCGGGGUCGGCAGCAACGGCUUCGCGGUCAUCCCCAGCCCGCUGCCCAAGCCGGCGAUUCCCGUGAAUCCGGUGGAGAAGUCAAUGUACUUGGAGCUGGCGUUGGCCGCCAUGGAUGAGUUGGUGAAGAUGGCUCAAAGUGAUGAGCCUCUUUGGAUUAGGGGAUUGGAUGGUGGGAGGGAGAUGUUGAAUCAAGAGGAGUAUUUGAGAGCUUCCUCUCCCUGCAUCGGCAUGAAGCCCAGCGGCUUCGUCACCGAGGCCUCCCGGGGGAUCGGGAUGGUCAUCAUCAACAGCUUAGCUCUCGUUGAGACAUUGAUGGACUCUAACAAAUGGGCCGAGAUGUUUCCUUGUUUAAUUGCAAGAACCUCAACUACACAAGUCAUCUCUAGUGGUAUGGGUGGAACAAGGAAUGGUGCACUUCAACUGAUGAAUGCUGCACUUCAAGUUCUGUCGCCGUUGGUGCCGGUGAGGGAGGUGAACUUCCUCCGGUUCUGCAAGCAGCACGCGGAGGGCAUAUGGGCUGUCGUGGACGUGUCAGUCGACAACAUCCGGGAGGCUCACGCGUUCCCCAGCUGCCGGAGGCUCCCCUCCGGCUGCCUGGUGCAAGAUAUGCCUAAUGGCUAUUCCAAGGUCACAUGGGUGGAGCAUAUCGAGUAUGAUGAGAGCGUUGUCCACCAGCUCUACCGGCCACUGGUCAGCUCUGGCAAGGGCUUUGGUGCCCAACGGUGGGUCGCUACCCUCCAACGCCAGUGCGAGUGCCUCGCCAUCCUCAUGUCCUCCACAGUGCCCGCCCGGGAUCAUUCAUCUGCGAUCACGGCAGGUGGUAGGCGGAGCAUGCUGAAGCUGGCCCAGCGCAUGACCAACAACUUCUGCGCUGGCGUGUGCGCGUCGUCGGUGCACAAGUGGAACAAGCUGCAGACAGAGAACGUGGACGAAGACGUGCAGGUCAUGACCCGUAAGAGCAUCGACGACCCUGGGGAGCCACCCGGGAUCGUGCUCAGCGCGGCCACCUCCGUGUGGCUGCCCGUGUCCCCUCAGAGGCUCUUCGACUUCCUCCGCGACGAGCAACUGAGGAGCGAGUGGGAUAUACUCUCCAACGGUGGGCCAAUGCAGGAGAUGGCUCACAUUGGCAAGGGCCAAGACCAUGGCAAUUCUGUCUCGCUGCUACGUGCUAGUGCGGUGAAGUCGAACCAGAGCAGUAUGCUGAUACUGCAGGAAACGUGCAUCGACGCGGUGGGUUCGCUUGUGGUGUACGCGCCGGUGGACAUCCCUGCGAUGCACGUGGUGAUGAACGGCGGAGAUUCGGCAUACGUGGCGCUGCUGCCCUCGGGAUUCGCGAUCGUACCCGAUGGAGUAAGCGGGUCGCUGCUGACGGUGGCGUUCCAGAUUUUAGUGAACAGCCUCCCGACGGCAAAGCUGACGGUGGAGUCGGUGGAAACGGUGAAUAACCUAAUCACGUGCACCCUUCAAAAGAUCAAGGCCGCCCUCCAAUGCGAGAGCUGAUGAUUUUAUUUGAUUUGCCUGCCUACUGCUCAAUUUUUUGUUUUUCUUUUGAGAGUAGUACAUUUUAACGUGUUGUAUUCCUGAGUUGUUCGAUACGAUUGUUUGUUGGUGGGUGAUUGAGGGGAUGAGUCAAGAACGAACCGUGGUGGUGCGGCACAAUACUGCUGGUUCGGGUAUUGACUCUCCGACUUUCUGUAAACUGGAUUCUUCCUUUUUCACUCAUUAAGGUCAUCCGCAACGCUGUCUUUUAUC